CAGGAUAAGGCUUAACGAUGAAGACUUUAAUCCUGUUAGCCCUGGUUGGCUUUGCACUGGCCUUCAGCUUGGCUCUGCCAUUCAACGAAAAUGCAGAAAAAUCAAGCAACCAUGAAUUGAAUGAAAUUGCCAAUGAAUUUCAGGAGGAACAACGUGAAGGGUAAGAUUAAAAAAAAUUAUCGCGAGAACUAAAUUAAUAGGUUAUUAUAACACAUGAAUAAGUCGGUAUCAUAGAGCCCGGAAGUCACAAAUCACUUUGACAGUUGUUUGAGGGAAUUGAUCUUUAACACUCAUAAGUUAUCUUUUGAAAUUACUUUCUUUAAAGGCCGGGUUUGCAUUAUACAUAUUGAUCACAUACCUCAUUUAAAUAAGUCAGGACAUUUUAAAUUCCCAAUUAUUCACAAUCAAAUUUGUACUUUGCGGUAACAGACAGUCGUAUACUUGAAUGUAGGCAUAAAUACUGAAAUAUAUGAAUACAAAAAUAGUUUUAGUAAUGGAAACAUUUUGAUUCUAGUGAUGAAGAAUUAACAGACAUUGCAGUUGAAGACGACGAUGAAGAUUUAGAAGAUGAAGAUGAAAACCCGCAUGAAGAUAUAAACGAUGAAGACGGAGAUAUUGAAGAGGACGAAGACUUGGACGAAGACACAGACGAUGAAAACGACGAUGGUGAAGACGAUGGAGAUGAACAAGAGGAAGACGAAAAUGCUGUUGAUGAAGUGCAAGGAGAAGAUAGUGAUGGCGAAGUUGCGGAGAAUGAAGACGAAGAUGAAAACUCUUUACUCAGUCAAGCAAACGAUUUUUCAGAUCCCGCCCCUAUUCGGUUCCGACGAGUUGCUCGGCGAGUAGUUCGUCGUUUCCGACGACCCGUCCGCCGAGUGAUUCGAAGAGGAACGCGUCGUUUUCCACGUAGACGUGGUGGUCGUCGGGGAGGUAGAGGCCGUCGACGUGGUGGUCUUCGAGGACGUAGAGGUGGUCGACGUGGUCGGCGAGGACAAAGAGGACGUAGAGGACGAAGAGGACGUAGAGGGCGAAGACGUGGAAGACGUGGAGGUCGUCGCGGUUAAUGGCAAAUAAAUGUUGAAACAUGGUAAGUACACCUACAUGUUCGUUGAGAAUGAAAUUUAAGCUCAGCUAUCUUGUAACUGGUCCCACGGCAUUCACCGAUGAUGCUGAACAAGUCCUGCCUUCGUUUUUACUAACUAUCCAUAUGGCUGUCAAAUAAAUAUACAAGCUUUAUAAUUUGUAGUGGUAACUUGUAGUGGCUGAAGAAUGCCCCCCCCCCCCGAGAGAAGGUCUGGAUCGGCCACUGUUAAACCGUUUCUAAUUUGCAUUUGAAAUAGACAAUUAAGCGAAGCUCACUGGUAGUAUAAAUUUGAAACUCCUCUGGGCGCGGUACGGUGAUAUAUGAUUUAUAAAUAUUAAAUAAAGUUUCGAUCAUUUUCGAUCUACGAGUGGUGAAAUUUAAGUUGUAAAGGUUUUCAUAAUGUAUGGAAAAACUGGACGUGCACCGAUGUUUGAUUUUCGGUUGUUUGCUGCUGUUAUUUUCUGACGUUUAACAAUUACUUUCAUGAGGUUGAGUGAUGUCAAUUAAACGGAUAAAACUCUCUGAGUUCUUCUUAAUUCAGGAAAGUGGAAAUCGGUAAAUAGUUAUAUUAUUGAAAACCUUAACGUGCUCAGCGACUUUUUGUAGCCGAAUUUAUUAAAAAUGAAUGUUGAAAAACAAUGUACACUAAUAAAAACAAUGAAAAAUAAUGUACACUAAUAAAUUGUAUACAAUUGCUUUCUUUUUUUUUUUUACCGAUCACUAACGCCAGUUAACUCAUUCAUCUAUUUUUCUUUCCUUUUUUUAGAUUUCCCCCAAAUGCUCGAUUGAUGGAGAUUGACAGGAAGAAGUAAAAUUUGUGGAAAACAACAAAGCGAA